AUGGGGAAGUGCAGCUGCAACAUCAGGGGCAUUGGCCCAUUCAACUUGGCGGCGUGUGUGGUGAUAUUUUCUCUGUACAAUAUGUUGAGCUCUACUGUGGAGCUGUGUGCUACCAUGCGGAAAAACAGCUCUCAGGGCAGUUCCGAGUCUAUCCUCGCCUUUAAUUUCUUUUCUUCGUCGUUUACUAUCAUUGCAGGUGCACUGGGAGUGCUAUCAACGGUGACGAAGUCUUACAGAUUUGUGUUGGUAGUUUUGAUUGUGGCCAUUAUGACAAUGGUCUGCGACGCGGGGGAGCUGGUAGCCAACGCCCUUUCGGGCUCUCCCUGUGUGUUUCAGUUCAUAAUGACUACUUUGCACUUGCUGCUAAACUCGGUAGCCAUGGCCGUCUUCCUGUCAUACUACCGCGUGCUGAAGAGGGGAGGAAACGGCCGCGAGAGAAUGUCUCCUGACGAGUUCAAGACCUUCGAUGAUGCUUCAACAGACGACGGGAGACCAGCCUAUUCAAACUCAAAAGCCGCCACAGAGGACACCCCGCUGAUGGCCUGA